AUGCUCCCCCACCCGCCACAAUUUCUCUUCGAGCCCGCGUCUCCUGGCCCCGGGUCCAUCCAAGGCUCCCCUCCUUCUCCCCUCCUUGCCCCGCUCCCUUGGCUCGACCUUGCGGUAGCCACGCCCACUCUCAAGCGCUCCACCCCCGAGGACUCCGACCGCCAUCUCGAGAUCCAGGAGGUGGUUCGUGACCGUCGGACUCAGCGCUCGCAAGGGCAUGAGACCGCCAUGAAGGUUGCGGCCACCCGUAUGGAGAUCGUAAAGGCGCAAUCGGCCCUCGAGCGCCUGAACAAGAGGUUUGGUGAUCUCCUGCCCGAGCUUGGCCUCGAUGCCACGACCACCAUUCGGACCGAGCUCCGCCAGGCCGCCAGGAUUAUCGCCGAGCAGGAGCGCUACCUGCGCCAAGCAGAGAGGGAGCCCAUCUCGCUUGUGGAAGACCCCGCCCUGGCCCUCCGCUACCAGCUGUACGUGGAGCGUAAGCGCCAGAAGAACCCGUUCUUCGGCCCUAACGCCAUCAUCACGGACCCCGUGCCGGAGCGUCCCCGCCGCAAGGUUGUUGGGUUCCCCACCUUUAUUCCCUUGGCCGUUGUCGUUCCCGAGGACACAUCGGGUUCGUCGGAUAGCGCUGACGAGGACGCCAUCUCCCUCGCGCUAGACCCUUCCUCCUCUUUGCCGGGCUCACGUGGCUCGUCUCCUGGUCCACGUCCCAGCUCCCGCUCCUCUUCGGCGUCGGCGUCUUCGUCCUCUUCGCCAGGCUCACGUGCGUCUUCUGCUUUGUCGUUGGGAAGCGCCAGUGCUCCCCCGUCGCCUGUCACCCGUGGUACCUCCCCCAGCGCCAGCGGAUCGACGUCGCCGGCCCACAAGCCCGUUACCCGUUCUGCCUCGCGCUCGACGCCUGCCGCAGCGCAGCUGCACCGCAACGGUCGCAAGGGAAAGGCAAAGGCCUUCUAA